AUGAUAUCCAUGACGAUGACCCCUCCUUCACUCCGUCUCGUUGCCGCCCGGCCUAUGAUGCUGGGACUGGCUAAGCUCAUCUUCCUCAGCUUCUCUCACCUUCCGCUCACGACGGCAGCGCCUGUGCUGUCCACCUACCUCUCAUCUCCCGAUUCAGAACCCCCAAAAGAACCGACAGAUCCCAGCUUAUGGUUGUACCUGGGAAUCUCAGCAGCCCUUGUCCUCAGUGGCGGCGCGUUUGCGGGGCUUACCAUUGCAUUGAUGGGACAAGAUGAAGUGUAUUUGCAAGUGAUCCAGACAUCCGGUGAAGAGUCCGAGAAGAAGAAUGCGGCCAGCGUCUUGAACCUGCUCAAGCGGGGCAAACAUUGGGUGCUUGUGACUCUCCUCCUCAGCAAUGUGAUCACCAAUGAGACAUUGCCUAUUGUCCUUGACAGGACCCUCGGCGGGGGAUGGCCGGCGGUCCUAGGAAGUACAGCGUUGAUUGUGAUUUUCGGCGAGAUCGUGCCUCAGUCCAUCUGCGUCCGAUACGGUCUCCCCAUUGGGGCAUGGAUGGCUCCCUGUGUGUUGGUGUUGAUGUACCUCAUGUCCCCGGUCGCCUGGCCUGUCGCCAAGCUGCUUGACAAGCUGCUCGGCGAAGAUCAUGGCACCAUUUACAAGAAGGCCGGUUUGAAAACCCUCGUCACGCUUCACCAAACCCUCGGCGAAGCGGGAGAACAACUAAACUCCGACGAAGUCACAAUCAUCAGCGCUGUUCUCGACCUAAAACAAAAGUCCGUGGGAAGGAUCAUGACUCCGAUGGAAGACGUCUUCACCAUGUCCGCCGACACAGUUCUCGACGAAAGAACCAUGGACUUGAUCCUUUCCCAAGGAUAUUCUCGAAUUCCGAUACACGCUCCUGACAACCCACUGAACUUUGUUGGUAUGCUUCUUGUAAAGAUGCUCAUCACGUACGAUCCUGAAGACUGCAAACGUGUCCGAGACUUUGCCCUGGCAACCCUACCAGAGACACGUCCUGAAACAAGCUGUCUGGAUAUCGUCAACUUCUUCCAAGAAGGAAAGUCGCACAUGGUGCUUGUUUCCGAAUAUCCCAGCGAAGAUCGCGGUGCUCUUGGGGUUGUUACCUUGGAAGAUGUUAUUGAAGAAUUGAUCGGAGAAGAGAUUAUUGACGAAUCCGAUGUGUUUAUCGAUGUUCACAAGGCGAUCAGACGAAUGGCGCCGGCGCCGAAAAGCCGCGUUCCUAAGGGUAAAAUUGUCGAAGAACCACCUUUGGUAUCUUCCUCUUUCACGGAAGGCGAGCUCAUUGACCUUGAUGGGAUCACAAACACACCAUCUUCCCUCCCGCGGUCAUCAGAAUUGAACCGCCGUCGCAGUUCUGUCGAAGCACCACCACCUCGCUUCCAGCUUCGCAAACAGAACGCCGACAAUAGCUCCAAUCCGUCCGACUCCUGGGUCACCCAAAGAGGCGCAACGGACGAAAUCAGAGAGCAUUUAAAACACCUAGGUCCUUCCAAUCUGGCAAGUCGACCCCGUCAAACUCGCUAUCAUGCCGUGAAAAUCAAACGCAAUAGCAAUUCACCCUCACGAUCGGCCCAGACAGACUUUGAAUCUGGCCAGAGUAUGUCUGACUCCCACAUUCAAGUUACUUCCACUGGCUAUCAAGGCGGAAUUGGCGCAGGACUUGUUACCUCUGGAGCUGAAGCCAAAGAUGGCGCUCAUGCGUUGAAACUCGGAUAUGGCACCCUCGGUUCCCAUGAUCAUGUCACGAAGGGCACGAACGCCCAACAAUACAAAGAUCUGCCGCAGGUUUCCAUCCCUGAAGCUGUCAACGAAGAGCACGACGACCAACUCCACUCCGGGUCCACGCGAAAGGGCAGCAGCGGCACUGUGAGCAUCAAAUCAGAAACUUCUCGGUCCGAGUUCAUCUACCACCAUCGUGGACCGGCUCGCAGCGGCAGCAUUACUGAACAAAUCGUGGAUGUGAACGGAAUCCGCAAAGUCGUCCUCCACACCAAUGGCACCAGCUCCUCCGAUGGCGAGGCCACCCCGUCCCCUCGCCAUACCCGUGACUCUUCACCAACCUACGUUGACCGUCAGGAUGGUGCGACCGACACGAAUGACCACCACUCGGACCCUCAUGAUUCCACUUCAGGCGCAAAGAAAAGCCGUCGCAAGAAGAAACGUGUGCAUCGCUCUAAGCCCAAGAGCGGCGGCGGCUCCUCGGAGGACCAACCUCUUCUGCAUUAA